AUGCGGACACGCAUCAAUUUGGUGAAUAUAAAUGGAAUUUCAUCAGCUUUCGCUUCGUCAUCAUUCUCAUCUAUUUUAUCAUUGUCAUCGUUUAGAUCUGUAUUAUCAAAUAAUAAUAAUUUAAUAUUAGCUACUGGAUCAGCAUGUCCAUCAAAUCCUGGAAUUGUAUGUAGUCAUGAUUAUUUAUUAGUGGAUGAUCUUAUAUCUAAUGUUUAUGACGGUACAGUUAACAAUAUGCCAAUAAUUCGUUUUUGUUUAAUCAAUAAUUCCACAUUGAAAACAAUCGCCACAAAGACAAAAACAAAAUAA